AUGGAUUUUGAAACUCAAAAUUUUGAAAAUUACUCUCUAGGCUCUUCUUUAACUACCUUCUGCUUAAACUUAAUUAAAGAGAUUCAAAAUAAAACUGACAAAACAAUUAAUUUAUUAGUUCAAGAAAUACAAGUGCAAGAUGAAGUCAAAACAAAUCUAGUGAUUAAAAAGAUUCAAAAUGAAAUUGAUUUACAAAAAUUAUCUGCGAACGUUUUAGUAAAACAAGAAUUUAACAAAUUAAACAAGAAGAUUCAAGCUAUUGAACAAAAUUUUGAACAAGAACUUCACAAACUAAAAAAUCAUAUAUUAUUUACAUUACUAG